UACGGCACUGAACGUACGACGACGAGAUCUGACCCAGACUCAACAGCUUUCAACAAUGGAUACUAAGCCGCAGUCGGCGUUGUUCGAUGUGUUCUUGCGAUUGAGGCCAUCUACAACGGAGGACAAGACGCGAUUUUUAGAGGUCGAGGCAGAGAUCGAACGCGAAGCGGCAACCCAUAUCACGAUCAAAGCACCGGCAAAUGACCAUCGCAAACGGGCAGUCGAGCGGUUUGCUUUCACCCGCGUCUUUGAGGAGUCGGCCACGCAACGCGACAUUCUGGAAAGAACUGGCGCUGUGUCAUUAGUUGCGGGUGUCCUCGGAGCGGAAGGGCGUGAAGGCCGGGAUGGAUUGCUGGCCACACUAGGUGUGACUGGCUCGGGAAAGAGUCACACCAUUCUCGGGACCAAAUCCCAACGUGGCUUGACGCAACUUACCUUGGAUGUCCUGUUCAGCCAAACGCAGCAGUAUCUUGUAGAUACUGAGACAAACGAGAGAAACUUUUCUUCAAUCUGCGAGGCAGAUGCAUCCGAGUCGCAGGUUUUGACAGCUUCAAGUUUUUUGGAUGGCAUCUACGACAGUGGUCCAGGACGCUUCUCAAGAGCUACAACGCCAAUGGACGUUUCUUUUAUAUCGACGGCGCCUGCAAAGAGAUACAUGCCGCGAAUUUCUGCUUUGCCACAAGCGCCGUCUGUUGAGGACGUCAAUAUUGAUGUCGAUACGUCCGCAGAAUAUGCGAUAAUCGUCUCGAUGUAUGAAGUAUAUAACGACCGGAUCUUUGAUUUGCUCACCGCAUCCGGAUCAGUCAAGACAGCUUCAAAGCGCCGCGCUCUUCUGUUCAAGAGCACAGAAUUUUCACCAGAUCGAAAAGUCGUCGCUGGCCUGAGAAAGGUCGUUUGCGCUGAUCUUGACGAAGCUCUUCUUGUUCUGGAGACCGGUCUGCAUGAGAGGAGAGUGGCUGGAACGGGCAGUAAUGCCGUGAGCUCACGGAGCCACGGGUUUUUCUGCAUUGAAGUCAAGAAGCGGCAUCGUGGACACGGAAUACCUGGACCUUGGACUAGCAGUACCAUGACAAUUGUUGAUCUUGCAGGCUCGGAGCGUGCGCGGACGGCGAAGACUGCUGGAGCGACUCUUGCUGAAGCAGGCAAGAUCAACGAAUCUUUGAUGUACUUGGGACAAUGCAUGCAGAUGCAAUCAGAUAACGCGCAUGCGACCACUUCGAAUUUAGUACCCUUCCGACAAUGUAAGCUCACUGAGCUCCUGUUCAGCAACAGCUUUGCGCAAGGCAACGCUCCGCACAAAGCCCCCCAGAAGGCUAUCAUGAUUGUCACGGCCAACCCUUAUGGUGACUACAACGCUACGAGCCAGAUCCUGCGCUACAGUGCUCUUGCCAGAGAAGUCACUGUCCCGCGGAUUCCCAGUGUCACUAGCACAAUCCUGUCCGGGACUGCCGCUAAUUCAAAGUCAGCUGGCCAAUCGAGCGGACGUAGCACACCUUCUGACUUGGUCGGAGAACUGGAAGCCAUGAACGCCGAGGUUGCACGUCUCCGCGAGGCGUUAGAGAUUACCCAGAUUCGCCUCGAGGAAGAGAUGCAGCGGCGAAUCGAGGCCGAAGCGUCCUGGACCGCAGCGGAGGCGCGCAUACAUGAAGUAGAAGCCGAGAUACGAGAAGAAGUAUGGUCCGAGAUGGAGUCUAAGCUGGCGCUGGAGCAAAGGAGAUGGCGAGCAGCCCGGGACGAGGAGCUUGAUCGCAAUGACGAGCAUCUAGACCGAAAAUUGGAGAUUCUUGCCAGCGGCAUCAGCAUUUACGAGGAUAAUGACAAGGAGAAUGAACAAGCUUCUUUCGAUCGAAAGUCGGGGCGCAAUGAUGACCAGCGGAGGAUGAAGGAGCUAGAGGACGAGAACACUGAACUACAGAGCCGUCUCAUGUUGAUGGAGAGGGAAAAGAUACAACGAAGUCCAAGCAAAAAGAUGAAGGUUCUGAAGACAAGGAAAUGGGAAGGCAGCGGCGUCGGACUCAGUUGUAGUCCCUGAUGACAUUUUGUUUCUUGUUUAUGGAGUAUUGGAGUCCAGGGCGUGGACUUCUGAAUUCGUUGCUUGCUAAUCGCAUGUAACAUCGAAAUCCUUAUCUCUCACCAUCUGAGUUGCGGUUCUGGCCUAGGACAGAUGUAUUGUUUGAAUGCUCUUACUAAUUGCCCGAACCACUGCUUCAUAUACGGCGAUGCGUGUCGUCCUGCCAUGAAAUGACUAGAAUAAAAUGCUCUUUCACAAGUGAAGCCUUGUGAACGAGCGAUACGUUUGAAGAAUUCGUGUCGUCGUGCAAUGUCGACUUCGCUCAGGUGG